GCGGCGGGGUUCACGGAAGCGUCUGCGCGUCCCGCCGCAGCCGAGAUGCCCGGGCAUCGGGGCGCUCCACACCUCCCUCCGUGGGUGUGUGGAUUGUGCAGCAUGGAUGACUUUGCUGAGGGAGGUCUCAGUUUGGCAGAUGAUAUCUUACUGGAAGACUACCCCUAUGAGGAUGACUGUAUCUGUACUCCUGACUUUACCACUGACGAUUAUGUUCGAGUAACCCAGCUGUACUAUGAAGGCGUGGGUAUGCAAUAUAAAGAUUAUGCCCAAAGUGAGAAAAAUUUAGAAUAUGACAUCUGCAAUAUAUGGUGCAGUAAGCCACUCUCCAUCCUACAAGAUUACUGUGAUGCCAUUAAGCUGUACAUCUUCUGGCCACUUCUUUUUCAACAUCAACACAGUUCUAUAAUAUCAAGAUUGCACCCCUGUGUAGAAGCCAUCCGGUCUCGUGCUGCUGAGAUAAGUUUGAAGAAAUUACAGCAUCUUGAGUUGAUGGAAGACAUUGUGGAUUUGGCAAAGAAAGUUGCAAAUGAUUCAUUCCUUAUAGAAGGCUUAUUGAAAAUUGGCUAUAAAAUAGAAAAUAAAAUCUUGGCAAUGGAAGAUGCUUUAAAUUGGAUAAAAUACACGGGUGAUGUAACAAUUCUACCUAAAUUAGGAUCAGUUGACAGUUGCUGGCCCAUGCUAAGUAUUUUCUUUACUGAAUAUAAGUACCAUAUUACUAAAGUUGUAACUGAAAAUUGCAACUUGCUAGAAGAAUUUAGAAGGCAUAGUUGCAUGCAGUGUGUGAAGCAAGGAGAACUAAUGAAAAUGAGAGGAAAUGAAGAGUUUUCAAAGGAAAAGUUUGAAAUAGCUGUUAUUUAUUACACCAGAGCCAUUGAAUAUAGACCUGAAAACCAUCUUCUUUAUGGUAACCGAGCUCUCUGUUUUCUUCGUAUGGGGCAGUUUAGAAAUGCACUUAGCGAUGGAAAGAGGGCCAUUGUUUUGAAGAACACCUGGCCAAAGGGUCAUUAUCGUUAUUGUGAUGCUCUUUGUAUGCUGGGGGAAUAUGACUGGGCCCUGCAAGCAAACAUAAAAGCUCAAAAACUCUGUAAAAAUGACCCUGAGGGAAUCAAGGAUCUAAUUCAGCAGCAUGUAAAGUUACAAAAACAAAUAGAAGACCUGCAAGGUCGAACAUCAAAUAAGAAUCCAAUUAAAGCUUUUUAUGAAAGCAGGGCUUACAUACCUAGAAACUCAUCAGCGCCUGCUUUUAGAACAUCACUUAACUUUGUGGAAACAGAAAGAGGUUUCAGAAAAACUAAGUACAAAAUGGCAAAUGGUGGCAAUCAGAAUCAAAAGGUGGCAGAUGAGGAUUUGAAGGGGGACGAUUGUGACUGUCAUCCUGAAUUUCUGCCACCUCCAAGUCAGCCUCCAAGACAUAAAGGAAAACAAAAAUCACGAAACAAUGAAUCAGAAAAGCCCAGUUCUAAUUCACAAGUGACUUUACAAGUAGAUUUGAAAAGUAUUUUGGAGAAACAGUUUUCAAAAUCUUCCAGAGCUGCACACCAGGAUUUUGCUAACAUCAUGAAAAUGUUAAGGAGCUUGAUUCAGGAUGGGUACACGGCCCUGUUAGAGCAGCGCUGCCGCAGCGCUGCCCAGGCCUUUACAGAGCUACUCAAUGGUUUAGAUCCUCAGAAAAUAAAGCAAUUGAACCUGGCUAUGAUUAACUAUGUAUUAGUAGUCUAUGGACUCGCUGUUUCUCUCCUCGGAAUAGGACGACCUGAGGAGCUGUCUGAAGCCGAAAACCAGUUUAAGAGGAUUAUCGAACACUAUCCCAAUGAGGGGCUUGACUGCUUGGCCUACUGUGGAAUAGGAAAAGUAUAUUUGAAGAAAAACAGAUUUCUCGAAGCUCUUAAUCACUUUGAAAAGGCAAAGACUUUAAUUAAUCGUCUCCCUGGAGUUCUAACUUGGCCCACAAGUAAUGUGAUUAUUGAAGAAUCUAAGCCAGAAAAAGUUAAGAUGAUGUUAGAGAAGUUUGUUGAAGAAUGCAAGUUUCCGCCAGUGCCAGAUGCUGUUUGUUGCUAUAAGAAGUGCCGUGGAUAUUCUAAAAUUCAGAUUUACCUAACUGAUCCAGACUUUAAGGGUUUUAUACGAAUUAGCUGUUGCCAAUACUGUAAAGUAGAAUUUCACAUGAACUGCUGGAAAAAGUUAAAAACAACAACUUUUAAUGAUAAAAUUGACAAGGAUUUUCUACAAGGAAUUUGUCUCACCCCUGACUGUGAAGGAAUCAUUUCAAAGAUCAUCAUCUUUAGCAGUGGAGGUCAAGUUAAAUGUGAAUUUGAACACAAGGUCAUAAAAGAAAAAGUUCCUUCAAGACCUGUUCUGAAACAGAAAUGUUCUAGCCUAGAGAAGUUAAGACUGAAAGAAGACAAAAAAUUGAAGAGAAAGAUCCAAAAACAAGAGGCAAAAAAGUUAGCACAAGAAAGAAUGGAAGAGGAUUUAAAAGAAAGUAAUCUACCUAAAAAUGAAGAGCCAGAAGAAACUGUGGACAGUGCUCAGAGUUGUCAGUUUCUUGACGACAGAAUUCUGCAGUGCAUAAAGCAGAAUGCUGACAAGAUUAAAUCCGUUGUGUUGAAUACAUCCACACUUCUCAAAGAACUGCUCUCUUGGAAGGUUCUGAGCACAGAAGAUUACACAACAUGUUUUUCUAGCAAAAAUUUUGUUCAUGAAGCAGUGGACUAUGUUAUUGGUCUCUUGAUCCAAGAGAAGAACAGAGUAAAGACACGGAUAUUUCUACAUGUUUUGAGUGAGCUUAAAGAGUUAGACCCUAAGUUGGCUCCCUGGAUCCAGAGACUGAAUAGUUUUGGCUUAGAUGCCACAGGACCCUUCCUCACUCGGUAUGGAGCAUCUCUCAAGGAGCUUGAUUUUAACGUUGUGGCUUUCCUCUGGAAUGAGAAGUACGGCCACAAACUGGGCUCUGUAGAAGGAAAGCAACUUGAUUAUUUCUGUGAGCCAGCAUCAGUCAUGGAAGCACGCUGUCUAAUAUGGCUGCUGGAAGAGCACAGGGACAAGUUUCCGGCCUUGCAUAAUGCUUUGGAUGAGUUCUUUGAUAUAAUGGACAGCCGCUGCACCGUGCUGAGGAAGCAGGACAGCGAUGAAAUGCCGUUUGGUUGUAUCAAGGUAAAAAACAAAGGCAAGAAAAAGAAGCCAAAAGAUUCAAAGCCAAUGUUAGUGGGAUCUGGAACGGCAUCAGUAACACCAAGUGAGACUGCCACUCCAGAAGACAAUAACAGGCGCAACUCAGAAUCUGCAGGGCCAUUUGCAGUGCCUGACCACCUUCGGCAAGAUGUGGAAGAAUUUGAAGCUCUUUAUGACCAGCACAGCAGCGAGUAUGUUGUCCGAAAUAAGAAGCUGUGGGAUAUUAACCCCAAACAGAAAUGUUCGACCCUGUAUGAUUAUUUUUCUCAGUUGUUGGAAGAGCAUGGCCCCUUGGAUAUGAGUGACAGGAUGUUCUCUGAGGAAUAUGAAUUCUUCCCUGAAGAAACUCGACAGAUACUGGAGAAGGCAGGAGGGCUGAAGUCGUUCCUCCUGGGCUGUCCUCGCUUUGUUGUGAUUGACAACUGCAUUGCAUUGAAAAAAGUUGCCUCAAGACUCAAGAAAAAAAGAAAGAAGAAAAACAUUAAAAAUAAAGUUGAAGAAAUUUCAAAAACGGGAGAAUAUUUACGAGUUAAACUACCACUAAAUCCAACUGCUAGGGAAUUUCAACCAGAUGGAAAGUCUGAGGCAGCAUUUGAGGAUGUGAAGUCCACACCGGGACCUGCUGACUCUUCCACACCAGCUGCUGAGGAUCUGAAACCCCAACUGGACUCUGAUAGCUCUUCUGGGUCAGCUUCAGAGGACAGCAGACUGGAAAUGCUCUCUCCUGACUCUCCUCCACUCUGUGAGGAUGCUUCUCCUUCCCCCACACCGGCUCCUGAAGAUGCCAAACCAACAUACUGGACUCAGUCCCACUUGGUCACAGGAUUCUGCACAUACCUUCCUUUUCAAGGGUUUGGCAUCCCCCAGUCGCGGCCAGCAUACAUUAACAUGGUACCAAGCCUGUCCCAAUUCGCUGGCAUCUACACACCUCUGGCCAGCAUUUCUUCUGAGUAUUCGAUGCACAGGUCCAUGCCACUGGUACCAUCUUUUGUAGCCAGCAACCGAGCAGAUGAGAAUGCCGCUGCAUACUUCAAGAGUCAUGAUCCGAAUACUGAGAAUGACUCUGGUGACCACAUUGCCUCUGGAACGCAGAUCCUGGAGGGUUCUUUGGGAAUGUGUGUAAAGUACCAGAGCUGUGCAGCUGAUGCUGAUUCAGCUCUGAGUGAGCCUGAAGGAAACAGCAGCAGCAGGAGCUCUGACAGCCUGUGGGAAGCUUCUCUAGAAGAUGUCAGUGGGAUAACAGAUGCUCCACCAGCUCCGUCGGUUGCAGUGCAGGUAUCUAAGCACGUGAUAAAUCAGGAAGUCAAUACUGAGCCAUAUGGCCCAUUUGAAAUUCAGCAGGGAGACCUUUCCCAGAAGGAAAGGGAGUACCACCUGCUCAGAGAGCAGCUUAAGGUGGCGUGUGAGAACUAUGAGCAGAUAGAACUCAGGAGCUCACAAGAGAUCAGGGACCUGGAGGAAAAGCUGCAAAGGCACACAGAGGAAAACAAGAUCUCAAAGACGGAAUUAGACUGGUUUCUCCAAGAUUUGGACAGAGAAAUUAAAAAGUGGCAACAAGAGAAAAAAGAAGUCCAAGAAAGAUUAAAAGCCCUGAAGAAAAAAAUUAAAAAGGUUAUCAAUACCAGUGAAAUCAGAGACCUUUAUAGGGGCUGGAGAGAUGACUCAGUGUAAGAGUGUUGAAUGCUCCUCCAGAGGACCCAAGUUCAGUUCUCAGAAGCCUCGUGGCCGCUUACAGCUAUCUAAUCCAGCUUCAAGAAGUUUGACACCUUCACACUAUAGGCAAAACACCAUUGCACAUAAAAUAAAUAAAUGAUUUUUUAAAAAAGAUCUUUAUAGAUACGAUUUUUACAAUGGUUUCAUAUUCAUUGAAAAGUUCUCUUGCCUAGAACUUUGUCUGCCCUGGCGUGCUUUCAGAUCAAUUACAUAGACGUGAGAGUAACCCAAAGCCAAGUCACAGCCCACUGCUGUCCAGACGAACACGACUGUCAACAGUAGCUACAGUGCAGACGACCACAACUGUGAACAGUAGCUGCUGUCCAGACAAGCACGACUGUGAACAGUAGCUGCUGUCCAGACGAGCACGACUGUCAACAGUAGCUGCUGUGCAGACGAGCACGACUGUGAACAGUAGCUGCUGUGCAGAGCACGACUGUCAACAGUAGCUGCUGUGCAGACGAGCACGACUGUCAACUGUAGCUGCAGUGCAGACGAGCACGACUGUCAACAGUAGCUGCAGUGCAGACGAGCACGACUGUCAACAGUAGCUGCUUUGUAGACGAGCACGACUGUCAACAGUAGCUGCAGUGCUGACGAGCACGACUGUCAACAGUAGCUGCUGUGCAGACGAGCACGACUGUCAACAGUAGCUGCAGUGCAGACGAGCACGACUGUCAACAGUAGCUGCUGUGCAGACGAGCACGACUGUCAACAGUAGCUGCAGUGCAGACGAGCACGACUGUCAACAGUAGCUGCAGUGCAGACGAGCACGACUGUCAACAGUAGCUGCAGUGCAGACGAGCACGACUGUCAACAGUAGCUGCAGUGCAGACGAGCACGACUGUCAACAGUAGCUGCAGUGCAGACGAGCACGACUGUCAACAGUAGCUGCUGUGUAGACGAGCACGACUGUGAACAGUAGCUGCAGUGCAGACGAGCACGACUUUCAACAGUAGCUGCAGUGCAGAUGAGCACGACUGUCAACAGUAGCUGCAGUGCAGACGAGCACGACUGUCAACAGUAGCUGCAGUGCAGACGAGCACGACUGUCAACAGUAGCUGCAGUGCAGACGAGCACGACUGUCAACAGUAGCUGCUUUGUAGACGAGCACGACUGUGAACAGUAGCUGCUGUCCAGACGAGCACGACUGUCAACAGUAGCUGCAGUGCAGACGAGCAUGACUGUCAACAGUAGCUGCAGUGCAGACGAGCACGACUGUCAACAGUAGCUGCAGUGCAGACGAGCACGACUGUCAACAGUAGCUGCAGUGCAGAUGAGCACGACUGUCAACAGUAGCUGCUGUGCAGACGAGCACGACUGUCAACAGUAGCUCCUUCCUUCUUACCGCUGAAGGGGGAGUCUGCAUGUAAAGCCCUGUCCAGCAUGAAGGUUCAGGGGUAAUGAUUUUAUUCUUACUUUUUGAUCCUAAAUCUUAGAUUAUUAGCAUUUGGUCUUGUGAUGUGCAGGGUUUGUUAAUAGCUGCAGGUCUUGGGCAUAAUUGUCACAGAGGCUAUAUAUCUGAGGCAGUCUCAGAGGAUUUGUCCAUUGCCUAGAUCAGAGUGACCUGUGUCCCAUGUCUGUGAGGAAUAGUCUUGGUUAGUGGCUACCUGCUCACCCUACUCUUGAGUGGCACCAUCCCUGAGUACACAGGCCUGGACCGUGUAAGGAAUAUAACUCAGCCUGACCCAGAGAUGUGGUGAGCUGGAGGGUUAGACAGCAAGCAGCUUUCCACGGUGUCUGUCUGCUCGAGCUUGAGGCCUGGCCCUGACUUCCUUCGGUGAUGGACUACUACCUAGAAGUGAGAGCUGACGUAAACUCUUUCCCCUAAGUGUGGUUUGCUUAGGAUGUAUAUUUCAGUGUUUUAGUCACUGUUGUCUUGCUCUGAGGUACCAUGACCACAGCAACUCGUACGGAAGAACGUGUUUAAUUGGGGCGUGCUUUCUGUGUCAGAGGCUUAGUCCCAUGUUAGCUUGGUAGGAGCACGGGGAGGUAGGUGCUUAGAGCAAUAGCCGAGAGCUGCGUCCUGAUCCAUGGGUGGGAAAGGGGACAUCUGGGCCUGGCAUGAGCUUUCGAAGCCUUAAAACCUACUACCCUCAGUGACACAAUUCUUCCAACAAGGAUGCACCUACUCACGGCCACGCCUCCUAACCUGUGAUCCUUUCAAAUAGUUCCACUCCCUGGUGACCAUACAAUCAAAUAUAUGACUCUGUGGGGGCCAUUCUUACUCAAACCUCCAUACACAGCAACAGAAAACAAUCUAGAACAAGGCCAAGGCUCUCAGUGACCCAUUCCUAAUUGCCUGCUGUUCAGCACAGUUCCAUACGAUCCCUUAGUUUAGGUUCUGCUACUGUAGCAAGACACCAAGCUCAGGAACUUAACAGCUGUUGUGUUUGUUCAUGAUCUAGCAAUCUGGACUGGGGGCCAUGCUUCUGUUCUUGGAGUAGCCCUAUAUGCAACUGUUCAGCUGAAGGUUGACUGUGUGUUGCAGCAGCACCAGAAUUAUGUCAUUUGAUUACAUACAAAGUAGUUCCAUUGGUACACCAUGCUCAUGGAAACAAUAAGUAAAACUUGCUCUAAGGGGGUGGUCUGAGUUCACAGGGUGCAUUUGUGGACAUGGGUGCAGUUUACUGUGUGAAGUUGUACUAAAACCUUGAGAGGUGAUGAAGCGUUU